CAAAUAAAUUGGUUCGUCUCUAAGGUGCCACAAGUACUCCUUUUCUUUUUAUCUUGCCUGUGAAUCCAGCCCUUACAAUCCCAUGUUCACACAUCAUUGCUUGUGUGUAGAAGCUGAUUCACAAAUAUUCAGUAAGUGUAUUAUAUGGUGACAUCUUACAUCCUUCCCAAGGGCAAAAAUCUUCUGCAACAAUGAAGGCUUGGGCUUAUGAGCAGCAGCUGCAGAACUUUUGGAUGCGCAAGUCCACAUUUCUGCAUCUGUGUGCAAAACUCACCAGAAUAAAAGCUGCACUUACAAUGGAGAAGAAAAAAUAAUUGCACCGUGGAGGAUCUGCAACACCAGAUUCUUACUGGUCAAUCAGUGGUCUCUCUCCUAAACCAAGGUGGAAUGCAUUUCUUUAAUAGGGGACAUUGUUCCAUUCUGCAAAAGGAAGAAAGGUUGUCAUUGUGCAUACCAUGAAAGAAGCCCUGCAAUUCUUUGAAAGGUAUCAUGACAGUCUAUUGGGUGGACUUCUAGGAAUAUUCAAAACAAGGAAUAUGCUAACAUCAAAAUACUGUUGGCCAGGAAUGACAAAAGACAUUGCCAAUUGGGUUGCACGAUGUCUGACUUGCCAGAAAGAGGGAAAGGAAUUAAAUCUGGAUACCACCUUGAAAAGCAUAAAGUUUAACCUGUAUAUUUGUGAAAGAUUGAGAAUAGAACGUAGCUUCACCAGCCCGUACCACCCACAAACCAAUGGCUUGGCUGAAAACGUUAAUAAAUCCAUAAAAAGAGCAUUGCGGAAGAUGGUUGAUGACUACGGGAGUAAUUGGGAUGAAUUACUUGACCCCAUUUUGUUUUCUUUGCGAACUAAAGUACAUGCAGCAACAAAAAUUUCACCCUUUCGACUAAUGUUUUGUGCUGACCCAGUGUUUCCAGAAGAAGUCUCAGAGAAUUACACAAUCCCAGAUGUGAAUACAUUCGGGGAAGAUUUCUGCAAAGAGUACAGCAUAAAUAUGAAAUUGAGACAUGAUGCUGACAUUGCACUGGCCCUAAGUAACAUUUCUAAAGCACAAGAAAAACAACAAAGACAUUAUGUUAAAGAAAGAAUUCUAAAUAUGGGGAAAUAA